AUGUCCGAGAAAAUCCAGCCUGUUGUCCACCAGAAAAAGAACCUCGGCGGUAAGACCGCCUUCAAGGACUACUUGGACAAGUUUGCCCAUGUGGAGGACCCAUUGGAGAGAAGAAGGUUGGCGCUUGAAGAGAUUGACAACUCUGGUUUUGGUUGGACCCAGAUCAAGAUGAUUAUGAUCGCAGGUGUGGGUUUCAUGACCGACUCUUACGACAUUUUCGCCAUCAACUUGGGUAUCACCAUGUUGACCAACGUUUACUGGGGCGGUAAGAUUCCUGACUCCACUCAGACCUUGUUGAAAGUUUCCACCUCGGUGGGUACAGUUAUUGGCCAGUUGGGUUUUGGUAUGAUGGCUGACUUUGUCGGCAGAAAGAAGAUUUACGGUUUGGAGUUGAUUGUGAUGAUCUGCGCUACCAUCAUUCAGUGUAUUCUUGGCCCUUCUCCAGCCAUCAGUUUCCCUGCUAUUUUCGCUACCAUGAGAAUUAUUAUGGGUAUUGGUAUUGGUGGUGACUACCCCUUGUCCUCGAUUAUUUCUUCUGAGUUCUCUACUACCAAGUGGAGAGGUGCCAUCAUGGCUGCUGUGUUUUCCAACCAAGGUUUGGGCCAGAUUCUCGCCGGUAUCGUUGCCUUGAUUCUUGUUGCGGGCUACAAGAGCGAUUUGCAGCCUUACGAGCAGCACGGAUGUGUCGACGAAUGUGUGAAGGCUUGCGACCAGAUGUGGAGAGUUUUGAUUGGUUUUGGCUGUGUUCCUGGCUGCAUUGCCUUGUACUAUAGAUUGACCAUUGCCGAGUCUCCUCGUUACUCUCUUGAUGUUGAGGACAUUGCUCACUUGGACAAGCAGGCCGACAUUGAGGCUGUUCUCGAUGCUGCAGCUCAGGACAUCACUCCUCCAAAGGCCUCGUUCAAGGACUUCUGGAGACACUUUGGCCAGUGGAAGUACGGUAAGUACUUGAUUGGUACUGCUGGCUCGUGGUUCAUGUUGGACAUUGCCUACUACGGUUUGGGUCUUAACACCGCGGUCAUUUUGGAAGCUAUUGGUUACGCUGCUGACAAGAACAUCUACAAAGGUUUCUGGAACACCGCUGUGGGUAACUUGAUCUUGGUGUGUGCUGGUUCCUUACCAGGCUACUGGGUUGCCGCUGCCACUGUUGACACGGUUGGUAGAAAGCCAAUCCAGCUUAUGGGAUUCGUCCUUUUGACCAUUUUCUUCUGUAUCCUUGGUUUCGCCAACCACAAACUUGGCCAGCACGGUAAGUUGGCUCUCUACGUCUUGUGUCAGUUCUUUGAGAACUUUGGCCCCAACACCACCACUUUCAUUGUCCCAGGUGAGUGUUUCCCAACCAGAUACAGAUCUUCUGCCCACGGUAUUUCUGCUGCCGCCGGUAAGGUUGGUGCCAUUGUUGCCCAGACGUGUCUUGGUACUUUGGUGAACCACGGAUGUGCCAAGGACGACAAGAACUGUUUCCUUCCUCACGUUAUCGAGAUCUUCGCUCUUUUCAUGUUGCUUGGAUGUUUCACAACGCUCUUGAUUCCUGAGACCAAGAGAAUGACUUUGGAGGAGAUUUGCGAGAAAUACCACGACGAGGUGGACACCACCAAGUUGGGCGCUGAUAGAUAUGUUACCCAGCAGGCUGAGUCGUCUGACUCUGACUUGAAGCAAUAG